UAAUUCAAAACAGAACGCGCGUUUUGUAUGUAAACGUUCAAUUGUUUAAAAUAUUUAACCAGUGAUUGAAUUCCUGUUCAUUAUUAUUUAAAAUCUUUAUAAUUAUGAGUGGCAAAAGUGUGUCUACUCGGUAUCGUACAAAUACAGCUUCUACUGGGGAAUUAACACCAGUUAUGAAUGGAAGAUCGAAACUGACUCCAAGUGGUCUAAGGCAUCGGGUUGUACAUAAAGCAGAGUCUGGGUACAAAAAUUAUUUAGAAGAUAAAUGUGGAACUAAAUCAGGAAUAUUAAAUAAAGUAUUAAGUGACGAUAAUCGUAUGAAUACACCUCGGAUUACUCCACGUUCGACGGCAAUUAAUGCGUGUUAUACACCAUCAUCACUAUUUCGAAAUGUUAUGUCGACACCUUUGAAUAAAGUACGCACUCCAUAUUCAGCGACCUCCGCCACAAAAUCGAAAGGGAAAAAUAUUGAAGCCACUUCAAGAAGUCAAAUAGUAGAUGAUACAGAGAUAAGUAAUCUCACAGUUGCAGUACGGGUGCGCCCUUUGAAUGCUCAAGAGUGUUCGCUGGCCAAAGUGACAAAUGUUGUACGUGUUUGCGGUAAUGAGCUGACUGUUUCGGCCGGCAUGACUGCUGAUUGUACUGCGGGACUUACCCAUUCCUUUACAUAUGAUCACAUAUUCGAUUCUACAGAUCCCGAUAAUGAAUUUUACGCAAAUCAAGACGAUGUAUUUGUAGGUACGUCGAUGCCUUUAAUAGAUCGAGCAUUUCAAGGUUAUAAUGCGUGCCUUUUCGCAUACGGCCAGACUGGUUCUGGAAAAUCAUAUAGUAUGAUGGGUAUUGAGGCUUUAGACGAUGAUGCAUCUGGCAACAGCAGACCACAUCCAGAUGCCGGUAUAAUACCACGUUUUUGUAGAGAACUUUUUAAGCGUUUGGAAAAUACGAAACAUUCAAUUCGUGCAGAAAUCGAAAUAAGUUAUUUUGAAAUAUAUAAUGAGAAAAUACAUGAUUUGCUCUGUGUUACAAAUUCAGAAAGCAAUUGCAGUGUGGGAAGCGUACAUGUUGCAAGUACACCAACAUCAACAAGCGUCACAAAUCGGCCUGCUUUGAAAGUGCGAGAACACCCUAUUUGGGGCCCAUAUGUAGUCGAUUUAAGUAUUCAUCCCGUAGAUUCGUACGAAGCAAUGCGCAAUUGGCUUGCCGUAGGUAACUCACAACGUGCAACUGCGGCUACAGGAAUGAAUGAYAAAAGUUCACGUUCUCAUUCGAUAUUUAAUAUUGUUUUAAAUUUGACUGAGAUUAGCGAUGAUUUGUCGAAAAAUAAAUCUGAUGAGACUGGUACACGUCAAACUCGUCGAAGUAGGAUAAGCUUGGUUGAUUUAGCGGGGAGUGAACGAAUUUCGAUGGUGGGCGCAAAUGGUGAUCGCAUACGUGAAGGUGUUAGUAUAAAUAAAAGUCUAUUGACAUUGGGCAAAGUAAUUGCUGCAUUAGCAGAUUCAAAGAAAAACACAGUGAAUGGAUCGGUAUUUGUACCAUAUCGUGAAAGUGUACUUACAUGGCUUUUAAGGGAAAAUCUCGGAGGCAAUUCGAGAACUGUUAUGCUGGCCACAAUUUCACCAGCCAAUAUAAAUAUUGAUGAGACUCUAGCUACCUUACGCUAUGCUUGUCAAGCUCGUACAAUAGUGAAUCGGGUCAAAGUGAACGAAUCACCACAUGAUAAAAUUAUACGGGAGCUACGUGCAGAAGUCGAUCGCCUUAAGUCGCUGAGAAAUGAAUAUGAACGUCAACGCCGCUUGUCGGCCACUACUAAUCCAACGCCUAGAAAAAUAAUUAUUGAAACUUCAGUUGAUGAGAGUGAGGUCGAGGCGUUACGACAACAACUUGCUGAACGCGAAAGAGAACUAGAUAAAGCACAAAAAUCCUGGAUGCAACGCUUGAAAGAAGCUGAAGAUCAGCGAAAGUCGGAGUUACGACUGUUACGUCGUAAGGGUCUGGCCUUAGAAUUGUCGACAGAUCAAAAGCAUGCCUGUCUAGUAAAUUUGACAGCUGAUGCAAUUUUUAGUAAUACACUAUUUUACAUAUUACCGGAAGGACAAGUAAAGAUCGGUCGUACGCGCACUUCGUCCUAUUGUAGUCAACCGGACAUAUUACUUGACGGCCCUUUGGUUGCCUAUCACCAUUGUAUAAUUGAAAAUAUACAUGGUGAAUUGUUCAUAAUCCCACAAAAUGAUGAUUUUGAAACGUAUCUGAAUGGUGAUCUUGUAACUGAACGCAAAAAAAUGUUCCAUGGAGACCGUUUAGUGAUUGGUGGUACACAUUAUUUUCGGAUAUCCAAUCCGUUUUGCUGUCAGAAAAAUAAAAAUUUGGUGGUUGAUUUUCAAAUGGCUCAUGAAGAAAUUUUAUUAAAACAGGAAGAGAAGCUUCGAAACGAAUUGGAAGAGGAAAAACGCGCAGCUUUGUCACGCAUAGAAUUUGAACGUGCGGAGAAUGAACGUAAUUUUAAUGAACGCAUGCAAAAACUGGAAUUGGAGCAAUUGAAAUAUAAAUGUAAUAGAGAAAUACUCGAAACGGAACGAAAAGCAUUUCAAGAAGAAGCACAAAAUAAUACUGACAAAACUCCUGUAAUUACACCUUAUACYCCAACUUUCAAAUCAAAUUUGCUUGAUGACAUUAAUAAUAUUAUGCAAAAUCCUAGUGAUAAGAGUCUGCAUAAAACACAGCUAAUGGUAA